UUUCGAUUUGCAGCCGUUUCUGCCGAUUGGUAUCUUAAUAUUAUAACUAAAUUACUAUAAAAAAUGCCCCAAGAAUCCUCAGAUGCCAAAAGGAUUGAACCUCCACGAAAAGUGGAUUUCAUGCUGAAACCUCGAUUUACCAAUACUGUUCCUGAUGUCCCAUUUGAUGCAAAGUUUAUGACUUGUCCAUUUGUUCCUCUGGGAAGAUUUGUCGAAUUCCAACCUGCUGCCAUUUAUCGAGAUUACAAGCAUGCAGUCAUUUGUGACGACGACAUGGGUUUGAAUGUCGAUUUGAUUGAUCUAAAAAAAUACGACGAAGAUCCAAUCGAAACUGAAAUUGAUGAGAAAGACAAUAUUUUACUGGAAGAUGAUGGCGCCGCUAAAUUGAUUGCAAAACGAUCUCAACAGCAUUCUAAACUUGUUCCAUGGAUGAGAAAAACCGAGUACAUUUCAACUGAAUUCAAUCGGUUCGGUGUGACAGCCGAUAGACAGGAGACGAAGCUUGGUUAUAACUUGAAGAAAAAUCAACAAGUUGAAGAUAUGUAUCGUGACAAGCAGAGUCAAAUUGAUGCCAUUAACAAGACAUUUGAAGAUGUUCGUAAACCCGUCAAGGAGCAUUACUCCAAGAAGGGUGUAAAAGCUGUUGAAGAAAGCUUUGUCUUCCCUGAUUUCGAUCACUGGAAACACCUCUUUGCUCAUGUACAAUUUGAUGGAGACACUAUAACAACAGAAUUCGAAGAAGAAGAUGAACGACAACAAGCACGGGAGAGCAGUGUUAUUAAAGCCAUGGAAUUCGAAGAUCAAAAAUUUGCAGCAGUUUUUGUUCCAACGAUUGGAUGUCUUACGAGUUUUAUGGAUGAUCUUGAGUUAGAACGACCAUUUGAUGAGGAUAUGAAGUACGAAUUCUUGCUAAGCCGUGAAUACACAUUUAAAAUGGAACACUUGCCACCAAGGGAUCGUGACGUCUUCAUUAUGUAUCAUCGUAAUAACGUUUUCCAGUACAACGAAGUUGACUGUAAUGUCAAGAUGACAAGAAAACCAAAAAUGGCAUUGAGCAGAAAAUCCAAAUUGACACUCACAUACCGAAAUCCUUCCGAACUGGAACAAAAAGACAUGAAUAAAAGAGAGGCUGAGUUAUACGAACAGCCAAAGACCAGAAAACAAGAGAUUCUGGAAAAGAUUCAAGAGAAGAAAGAAGAAGGUGGAGACAGUUCAGAUCAGAGCAGUGAUUCUGAUGACGACAAGCCGCAGAAAUCACGAUCUGAUAGCUCUUCGGACGUUUCAUCAGAUGACGAUUCACCACGGAAAAAGGAACCGACUGUUGACAGCGACAGUGAUUGAUCUCAAAUUUUUAAAAUUGUUUUUCUAUUUAUUUUACCUAAUCAAAUUGGUUUUUCUCAGUAAACUUGAUAACGAUUUC